CUCUCGCCGACGUUUGUUAAUACUUCUUCCUUCUAUUAGUAGAUGUUGGUAGGUCUUUUGUAGUGUUCGAAACUGCAUCUGCAAUCAUUUUAUCAACGAUUCGGUCAUUCUCGCGGAGAGAGCGGGUGGGCACGCUCACGUGUUUUCAGUUUUAACCCGUAAAUCACUGAAUUAGGACACGAUAUCAAAUGGCAAGGGAUGGUGGGCAUUUAUCGUUCCAGGUUCCUGUCCUUAGUGAUUGUGAUACUGUUCACCACUAUGGUCCAAGUGUUUGUGUGGGUGGCCUUCAGCUCACUGUACCUACCAGACCCUUCCACCAGUCAUAGCCUCAACACUGACAGAAUGGACAGAGACAAAGAGUGCAAGUGUCCCACAAGAGACCCAGAAUCAGAGACCUGUGCUCCUCCGAAAACAGAAGAAGUCGGAAGAGACGAAGGUGAUAGGGAACAACGCAUGGAUAUUGAUGACGAUAGGGACUACCUUGAGGGACUGGGAGUGUUGAAAGACUCACAGCACUACCUACUGGUCGCACUGGUACUCUCAGGGCCCGACUCCAAGAGCCGAGAGAGACGGGACACGAUUCGGGAGACGUGGAAAACCUACUCCAACCCAACGGAAGAGCCGGCCAUUCUAGUCUUGUUUGUGAUGGGGACAUUUGAGCUAAGUGCUCCUCAGUUAGAGUCAGUGACACACGAGAAUCAGCAGCACCACGACUUAGUACUACUUCCAAACCUGAAGGAGUCUUACUAUAACCUCACGCUAAAGGUGCUUCAAGCUUUUGUGUGGGCGGAUCAAAACUUGAGAUUUUCUUACCUCUUGAAAUGCGACGACGAUUCGUUUGUGAUGCUGCACCAGAUUGCAGACGAGCUGUCAGAGCGAACGUCGACACAGAGUUACUAUUGGGGGUUUUUCGACGGUCGAGCCACACCUAAAAAGGGUGGGAAAUACAUCGAGAAAGAGUGGUUUUUGUGUGACCGCUACCUACCGUAUGCCCUCGGCGGUGGGUACGUAGUGUCGGCUGAUUUAGUACACAAAGUUGCCCUCAUGUCGGACGGUGUUCGCCUGUACAACAACGAGGACACCUCCUUGGGGGUGUGGCUUAGUCCAUUUAGAGCCGAACGGCGGCACGACUCGCGAUUCGACACGGAAUUCAAAUCCAGAGGAUGUCGCAAUAACUAUCUCGUCACUCACAAGCAGUCGCCUGGCGAAAUGCGAACAAAACACGAACUUCUGCAGAGUAAAGGAAUGAUAUGCGAACAAGAGACGGCUGUAAGGAAAGCAUACGAGUACAAUUGGUUGGUUGAACCAUCAAAGUGCUGUCAGCGUAAAUAGCACAAAAUUAUAAUUAUCCAGGAAUACAUGGUCUAUCUACAGAUGUCUGCAUUAAAUCAAAAGUCAGGUCUUAUAAUAAUAUUUUGCACAGCUAUAUUA